UCUACUCGGACUACCACUCUGUUGCGACAAACACGUUUGGAGACAGUGCGGACCCUCGCUAUAGCGCCGAGGAGAUUUUGAAGCUCGUUGCGCAUCAAGAGCUCCGAAGCCUGUGUUGGACGAGCUACGACGACAAUGUUCCCUUCCAACACAUCAUGACCCCACUCCUCGUCCAAAACAUCAUGGCCAGUCUUGAAUACCUCAAGCUCUUCUCACCCUCCUCAUCCCUCCACCACCUCAAUACUGCCCCCUCAAGCUCAAUCUCUGGGCUAGGCUUCAGCAUGAACAUCCACCUCCCUUCCCUUUGUGCACUCAAGGUGUCGCUUGACAACGACGCCCUCGCCGGGCUUGCAGCUUGGAACAUGCCCAAUCUCACAACCCUCUCUGUUCUCUCUUUGGAUUUUUCUCAUACCAGGGAGGGCUUUUCAGCCUUUUUGCGAUCACAUGGUUGCAGUCUCACUCAGCUCGAACUCAGCCACACAUCCUCCAUAGUUGACAACUAUUAUCUCACAACACCCCGGCACAGGCUGCAAAGCCUACAAGACCAACAGCAGCCAGUCCCCAUCGCGAAGUGGUGCCCAAACCUGUGCGUCUUCAUAUGUGCGGCCGACGCUGAAUGGUACUGGCGAUACCCAGACUGGAUUCCGCCUCACACCCUGCUAGCCUCGCAUCCAAAAAUUCAGUUCGUUGGCAUCCGCGACUUCAGCACGCAGCUGACAUGUGGACGGCUGUCACCGCUGUUGUACUCCACAAAUACCUCAAUCUUUGGCGAAGACGAGCCAGCAGACACAACAUACCAGCUGCUUUGUGAACAAAUUCGCCUCCUGCUUCAUCCCGGUUCAUUCCCUAACCUCCGCCUCAUCCGUGAUCUCUCUUUCGUAAAUCACCACGUGUUUGCAGCCAAACCCAGCCACCAUGUCUCGCAGCUAUGGGCCAAGGUCAGGAAUGAAUGUGAACGAAGCGGAGUAUCAUUUGAGGUUGGCAGGGGCAUUAGCAUCACA